UUCGCUGCAAGCUAGUUCAACAAACCAUAUCUAAAAAUGUUUCGCUUGCUUUUGGCAUUAAUUUGUGCAUUUUCUUUGCCAUAUUUCCUAAGUACGGGAAGUCGAGAAGCUUGGAGAAAGACAGUGAAGGGUCGAGUGAUGUCCAACGUCAGCAUGACACUCUACUGGUGGAUCCAGCAACACUUCCCGUAUGAAUUGGUAAAGAACGAGGACGAAUGGGAUGCAAUUGGCGGCGAUGUGUACGAGAGGCCAGAAUAGUUUGAAUAUCAUAAAAAGGCCGAAUAUAUACUGUGAAAUAUUUGU